AUAUAUUCCGUUCUUAACCUUUAACCAGUACUCUCGCAGAACUAGGGUUUUUGGUAUUCAUAGCGUGUGCGUCUUCCCUACCCGCGGUUUCAUUCCACCUCUGAAACAACAUGGCUACACAGAUGAGCAAAAAGCGAAAGUUCGUCGCUGACGGAGUUUUUUUCGCUGAAUUGAAUGAGGUUUUGACAAGAGAACUUGCUGAGGAUGGUUAUUCUGGUGUAGAGGUUAGGGUUACCCCGAUGCGCACCGAAAUCAUCAUCAGAGCUACUCGUACCCAAGCUGUUCUUGGUGAGAAGGGAAGGAGGAUUAGAGAACUUACCUCAGUGGUACAGAAGAGGUUUAAGUUUCCUGAGAACAGUGUUGAGCUUUAUGCUGAGAAAGUUAACAACAGAGGACUUUGUGCAAUUGCUCAGGCUGAGUCUCUUCGCUACAAGCUCCUCGGUGGUCUUGCUGUUCGCAGGGCCUGCUAUGGUGUUUUGAGAUUUGUCAUGGAAAGUGGUGCCAAGGGUUGCGAGGUCAUUGUUAGUGGAAAAUUGAGAGCCCAGAGAGCCAAAUCCAUGAAGUUCAAGGAUGGUUACAUGAUUUCUUCUGGGCAACCAGUCAAGGACUACAUCGACUCUGCAGUGAGACAUGUGCUCCUUAGACAGGGUGUUCUUGGAAUUAAGGUGAAGAUCAUGCUUGAUUGGGAUCCUAAAGGUAAACAAGGUCCUAAAACUCCCCUUCCUGAUAUUGUCACCAUUCACUCUCCAAAGGAAGAGGAAGAGUACAUCCGACCUGCUGCUGUUCUGGCAAAUGAUAUUGAGGUCCCUGUUGUUGUUGCUUAAAAUGUUUUGAAAAACAGUAGUCCUUUUAAUUAGCUGAGCGCCUGGUUUGCUUUUUUGUUGCAUGCAAUGUUUGUUGUCAAAGACUCCAUCACAAUUUUUGUAGUCUGACUGUCUAAGAUGUUGUUAUACUCGGUUGCAAGUAUUUAAGCGUUAUUUGUUCUUCUUUUAAUCAUCCUCUUUAGCAAGGAAAACUUUUCCAUUUGAUGUUUA